CACAAGGGAGAGCGUGCUGCGCAACGCGACCAAAGGCUGCCGCGCAAGAGCCGGCCAUCUCCUGCAGCAGCGCGCCGGCGUCGCGCGUGGCCCGUGGCCCGAACGCUGCCCCGUAGCGCGCGGGCCCAGACGCUGCCCCAUGGGCAAGGGAGGGCAAGUCGCGCCGGCGGCGCCCGAGGCGGCGGCGCCGCCCGGCUUCGACCCGACCCUCGUCGGCGCCUUCGCGAACGCGUGCCCCGGCUGCGCGGAUGCGGCAUGCUGUGCACCCCCCACAGCGACGCCCCCGGGCAGCCCCGAGGAGGGCGGCACCCCUGCGACGCCGCCGAGCAGCGCCGAGGCGAGGACGCCCGCAUCGACGCCGCCGGGCAGCCCCGCCGAGGAACAGCAAAAAAAGCCGCGGUACGACAAGAGCCUCAAGGUCACGACCGACGCCCCGGGAGGCAGAGGCGACCCCGCGGAUCCCACAAACACCGAGAAUGAAUACAAGCGAUGUCUGAAUGGCCUCACGGAGGCGUGUUUGAGAGGCGACGGCGCCUCGCAGUUACUCACGCCAAACUUCACAUACAGUGUACCCGUCAACAAGCUCGCCAAGCAGCUUACGAAUGCCAUGCACUCCAUCCGAGACGAUCAUGUGGAGGAAGCCAAGUCCAUACUGGACGCGGCCCUUGAGAGUGUCGGAGGCGCCGCGGAAGUGUUUGAGAGAAAGGUCUACGGCGAGGACGUCGACCAGGCGACCGCUGAAAAACAUAUUGUGGACUUUGUGACACAACACAAGCUCCAGGACAAGCUCUGGGUGCGGUUCACGCCGAACCGCGUGUCCUGUGUUGGGAGUCUGCAGCGCUCGCGACGGAACUCGCAGGACCAUCCCGAGGUCCGACAUACGCUAUUUGUCAGUACGGCAAACAAACUAAGGAAACACGAGCUGAGACAGUUCGUGGCCCACGAGAUAGGCACGCACCUACUACGAGUGGUGAACGACGAGAUCCAGCCGUGGCGCGGCUCUUCCGGGAGAAAAAAAUUUAAUCUGCACUCGCAUUCGACGCGAGAGUUCCGGGAGACGGAGGAAGGUUUAGCUACCAUCAAUACUGUGUUGCAUAGUGGUGGAGGUCCGAAGUCGAGGUAUUUGUUUCGGGAGGCUUUAUUAUAUUACGCGUGCGCCAAGGCUGCUACGCUGAACUUCGUCGAGUUGUUUGCGGAGCUCGCCCCGUACAUGCCCUCUCCAAAAAGGCGUUUUGGGUUGGUCACUCGUAUCAAGCGCGGGCUGCUGGACCAGUCGCUACCCGGCGGCUCCGGGAAAGCCCAGGUCUACUUCGAAGGUGCCCUCACGAUUCUUCGAAGGGACUUCGACACGGAUGACCUACGACUGCUCUAUGCGGGGCGGCUGAUGCUGUCGGAGAUGGAUCGCGUGCGGCGAUUGGCGCACACGUCGUUUAUCACGCUGCCUAGCUUCGCGGCCGACCUCGAGGCGUACCGGAAAGAUUUGAGGGCCAUGGCUCUGCUGAACGGGCUCGUGGCGCCGCCUCGGAAGCCUUCACUGAAGGCCGUGGCGUCCGUUGCCCUCGCGGUGGCGACUGUCUCUCCUACGCCGCCGCCGCGCCGGCCGACGCCGCCCGCCACCACCGCCGCCGCGCCUAAGCGCGCCAAGGGGGCGGCGGCGGAGGCGCUGGCCACGUCGAAGCUCUUCCACAAGUUCCUGGCGGCGAAGAAGCGGAAGAAGCGUUCCCCGCGGAAGGCGGCGAAGCCGGCCAAGGCAUCGCCGCCGACGCCUCCCGCCGCGGCGACGCCAAAGGGCAGUCGCAAGCCAAAGCCGGCGCCUGCCCCGCCCCCGCCGCGCGCGCCGAAGCUGCCCGCGGUCGCUUCGCCGAAGCCGCGGCCGGCGCCUGUGCGAGCGCCCACCGCCGCCCGGGCGACGACCACGCUGCCGACGCCGUCGACGCCUCCCGCGGCACCACCAAAGCCGGCGGCGCCCCGCAUCACGACCGACCACUGGUCGAAGGCGCAGCGGUUGCACGCCAAGCACCAGGCGCGGCAGGUCGCUGUGUUGGCGACGACUGUCGUAGAGCUCACGCUCCCUUAA